AUGGGCUCAAAUGCAAGUCUAGUGCCUCAGCAAGAAGACUUACAGACUAUUUGCCAACAAACAGGUUUUACUGCUAAAGAAGUUCAACGUUUAUAUAGCCGUUUUAAAAUAUUAGACAAAAAUAACUGUGAAUUUUUAACACGAGAAAAUCUUCUAUGCAUAUCUGAAGUUAAUAUUAAUCCAUUAGGUAAACGUUUAAUUGAUGUUAUAAUGGAAGAUUAUGGUGAAAAUAAUAAAAUUGAUUUCCAACAAUUUAUUUUUCUUCUUGCCAAAUUUCGAAGAGCAAAAUUUAAAUCAUCAGUGACAGAAUUUAAUACACGAAAUAGUAAACUUCGAUUUUUGUUUGAUAUGUAUGAUAGAAAUCAUGAUAUGAAAAUUGAUCGAAAUGAGCUGCUUGAAGUUCUUAAAAUGAUGAUCGGUGGAAAUGUACACGAUGAUCAAAUUGAAAUGAUUGCCGAUCAUACCAUCAAUGAAUUAGAUAAAGAUGGUGAUAAAUCAAUCACAUUUGAAGAAUUUUGUAAAACACUCGAUCGUAUUGAUGCUGACGAUAAAAUGAGCAUGAAAUUUUUAAGUUAA